AUGCAUUCAAGGGUGGAUUCAUGUACCAUGCUACAUGCAGCAAGGGAAGCGGACGCACUUUCACGACAACUGCAACUGGGACUUCCGCGCUGGUGGAUUCUGGAGCUUCUGAGACCAUGUUCGACAACCGCCUCAUCCCGAAUGGACGUCUCGAAGAAGAACGCCCGACGCCCAAGAUCAUCGACGUUGCAGGAGAAAGCCGACUACGAGGCACUACCACUGGGAUCCUACACUGCACCUUCAAAGACGACAAAAAACAGCAACUACCCGUCAAGCUACAAGGUCUCAUCGUGCCAGGACUAGGCCGGAACAUCUUCGCACCAACGGCCCUUCUCAAGAAGGGCCUCCGAAGUGUCCUGGAAGACAAGACCCCACACCUCACCAUCGGCGGAGUCGUCGUUCCUCUGAAACAAGAGACUCAAGACCAAGGCAUGUGCACCCUCGCCAUCACAUUCAAGGGCGAUCCAGCGUCGACAAGCAAGACACCCCCGAACAACCAAGAACCAGGGCGCAAGCCGAAGUUCGGAAAACCAGAAGCGGUACAGAUCGAUCGCACUCCGCGCGCGACAUGCUCAGUGGCGAUGAGCGUGAGCGCCGACCUCUGGCACCGGCGCCUCGGCCACAUCAAUCCACGUGCUAUGGAGAUUUUGCGGCGCAACCCCGCCACAGGCGUGAAAUAUGACGGACCUGUAUCCCCGUGCGACAACUGCCACAUCACGAAGCACAAGAAGGCUCCCGUCCCGAAGAAGACCAGCCGUGUCCUGACCAAACCAGGCCAACUCGUCCAGUUCGACAACAUGGGACCAAUCGACCCGCCUGCGAAGUACAACGGACGCACCUACUCCUACGUCGCCAAAGCGAUCGACAUCUUUACCAGAAUGCGGGAAGUGUACCUACUGCGCCACAGGACCGAAACCACGCAAGCUCUGCACGCCUAAAACAUGCAAGUAGCAUCUGAAGGCUACCGCAUCGAGGUUCUACGCUGUGACAAAGGGGGAGAGAACACUGGGGAAGAAAUGAGCAACUUCUGUAGGGAGUCUGCGAUCAAGCUGGAUUCGCCGCGACCAACACGCCCCAAGAAAUCGGAGUGUCUGAAAGCGAUGGCCAGACACUUGCGGCUGUGACUCGAGCUCUGCUGCGC